AUGAUGCAGCAGAUCCUCAGAGACAUGUAUGUGGAGCCAGAGCUGCUGGCAGAACUUAACGAAGAACAGAGACAGAUCCUAUUCUAUGAAAUCCGACGGGAACAGGUUCGGCGCUGGACCGAACGAGAGAGCAGAGAGGAGAGCUGGGAGAAGAGCCCAGCCUCUCACCAGGGAGAUGGGGAAAGGAGAAACGUUCAAUGGCUGAAAGGCAGAGAUGGAGAAGUUUGGGUAUGGGUGAUGGGAGAGGCCCCUGGAGACAAACCCUACGAGCAGAUUGUGCAGGAGUGGAUGGAGGAGAAAGCCAGGCGGCAGGCUCAGCAGGAGGCUGAGGAACAGUGGCAGGCUAAGGAAGCGGAGAUUAAACAGAAAUUCAGGGAUGCCAUAACUAAAGAGAAGGCUCGCCUCAUAGCAGGAAAAUGGAAGGAAGAAGCGGAGGACAGGAAAGCAGCCAAGCAAGAGGAGGAACGCAUCAGAGAGGAAUUAAAGAAGCAAGAGGAAGAGGAAAGAAAAAGAGGGGAAGAAGAGAUUCGAUGUGCAGAGGAGAAGAGAGCGAGAGAGUUGUAUAUUUCCCUGGAGCAGGAACAGAAAAGGAGUGAAAAAGAUGACACUGAGUGGGAGGAGCAAUUGCGGCGCUCUAAGGUGGCUGAUGAAGAGAUGACGGAGAAGGCUCAAAGGGCCAGAGACGAAUAUAAACGUCAGUCUCUUCGAGCCAUUGAGAAGGGUCGAGUGGCCGGGCUCAGUGGACUGUUCCAGCAGGCCCAGAUAAACGGGUCAAGCCAGAAAAGGAGGCACAGCGCUGUGAUUGAAUCCUCAGUGCAAACAAAAACGAAUUGCGAAGGUAGAUCCAGGUCCGGCCUCCAACCUGCCGCCCCUCCCCUGUACCGCCGUAGACAGAGUCGCAGACACAGUACCACAGUAGCCCCACCUCUCAUGGACAGUCCUGCAUGGGUGAAGGCUCCUCGUCCUAGCUCCAGAGAGUCUGUCAUCCUUUGGUUCAGUAAGGAACAGAAACCUAAACAGGCUGGAUAUGAGAGGAACAGCCACAAUAUCGCGCCAUGGUUCCAUGGACUCAUCUCCAGGCAGGAGUCAGAAGCUCUGCUUAUGAAUGCGUCUGAGGGUUCCUUCCUUGUGCGGGUGAGUGAGAGGAUCUGGGGAUAUAUAUUAUCCUGCCGCACCGCCAAUGGCUUCAAACACUUCCUUAUUGAUGCCUCUGGGGACCACUACAGCUUCCUGGGAGUUGACCAAAACCGCCACGCCACCCUUGCAGAUCUCAUCGACUUUCAUAAGGAGGAAGCUAUCACCACCACAGGAGGGGAACUGCUGCAGGAGGCAUGCAAGCGAGCGGGGCCCCCAGGAGAUUUUGGAGGACUUUUCCUUUAG